GUCCUUCACUUCCAACACUCUACUUCUGUUGCUUUGCUUUGCUCUGCUGCUAUCAAACAUGCUCCACUCUCAAUUCUAGUACUCUGUCUCUUCUCUCCAAUGGCCUCUUCUCUUCCUCUUCAUCAUCCCUCCCACUGCCUCAUCUCUAAUCCACAGUUACAGGGCUUCAACUAUGGAGGCUCACCAAGACCCAGAUUCUCUUUCACCACUAAAGACACAGACAAAGGCAUUCGCAUUCAACCCAUUAAAGCCAAAGCAGCAACCACCGAGGCCUCUCCAUUUCCUCUGCUUCAGUCUCCCCGAGCUGAAGAGUCUCCUUCUGAGUUGGAGCCAGCAGAUCCUGAUUUCUACAAGAUAGGGUUUGUUAGAAGUAUGAGAGCUUAUGGAAUUGAAUUUAAAGAAGGCCCAGAUGGGUUUGGAGUUUAUGCUUCCAAGGAUGUUGAACCACUUCGCCGUGCUAGGGUGAUAAUGGAAAUACCACUAGAAUUGAUGUUAACUAUAAGCCAAAAGCUCCCAUGGAUGUUUUUCCCAGAUAUAGUACCGGUGGGUCACCCAAUAUUUGAUAUCAUCAAUUCAACUGAUCCAGAGACAGGUUGGGAUCUAAGGUUAGCUUGCCUUCUUUUGUAUGCAUUUGAUCGGGAGGAUAACUUUUGGCAGUUGUAUAGUGAUUUUUUACCCAGUGCAGAUGAGUGCCCCAGUCUGCUUUUAGCUAGCGAGGAGGAGCUUUCAGAAUUACAGGAUCCCAAUCUUGCUUCAACAAUGAGAGAACAGCAACGCCGAGCUCUGGAAUUUUGGGAGAAAAAUUGGCAUUCUGGUGUACCCCUUAAGAUUAAACGCCUCGCUCGUGAUUCUGAGAGAUUCAUUUGGGCACUGAGUAUGGCACAAUCACGAUGCAUUGGCAUGCAAAUUAGAAUUGGUGCACUUUUUCAAGACUCAAAUAUGCUAAUUCCUUAUGCAGACAUGCUAAACCAUUCCUUCCAGCCAAAUUGUUUUCUCCAUUGGCGGUUUAAGGAUCGUAUGCUUGAAGUAAUGAUAAAUGCUGGACAACGGAUUAAGAAAGGUGAUGAGAUGACUAUCAAUUACAUGAGUGGACAACAGAACAACAUGUUGAUUCAAAGAUAUGGCUUUUCUUCAUCUGUGAAUCCAUGGGAUGUAAUUCAAUUCUCUGGAAAUGCACGUAUUCAUUUGGAUUCCUUCUUGUCAGUAUUCAAUAUCUCAGGACUUCCCCAAGAAUACUAUCAUAACACAGAUCGCCUAUCUAGUGGAGGGGAUACUUUUGUUGACGGAGCUGUCAUUGCAGCAGCAAGAACAUUGCCUACUUGGUCAGAUGGGGAUGUGCCUCCAAUCCCAAGCAUGGAAAGACGAGCGAUAAAGGAAUUACAGGAAGAAUGCAGACAGAUGCUUGCCGCAUUUCCUACCAACUCUAAGGAAGACCAAAAUAUCCUAGAUUCUAUGCCAGACGCUACUAGGACGCUUGAAGCUGUGGUCAAGUAUAGGUUGCACCGGAAGUUGUUCAUCGAGAAAGUCAUGCAGGCACUGGAUCUAUAUCAAGAACGAAUAUUAUUCUGAUACUGUUUGCCAAGUUUAGAAAAGCUAGGAAAAUUUUGUUACAUCUAAUUGAUCCAAACUCUGCUUCAGUGCAUGAAAGUUCAUGUUAGAAUAGAUGAGUGCUUGCAGAGAUUUUGCA